UUGAUUUUUCCCCCUUGGCCAUUCAGAAUUUCCCAACAUAUAUACUGAGGAAGACCCUGCUCUCUCCUCACUUUUUCUCUGGACUUGUCCCUGGGCUGAAUUUAGUCCUCUCGGGGAGGGCAGGGCCAUGGGAGUCCUGUUUAUGCUCAGGGUGGCUGCGGGCAUAUGCUAUGCCACUUUCAGUGCCUCUGCCUGGUAAGUCCUUUCCCCCACCCUCACUCCCUGCCAAGGAAGCCCCAUUAUCUCAGCCCUGUUCACCAAUGCCUCACUUUUUCUCUCUUUGGUAGGUCAGUGAACAAUUUCCUGAUAACAGGUCCCAAGGCUUAUCUGACCUACACUACCAGUGUGGCGCUGGGUGCCCAGAGUGGCAUUGAAGAGUGUAAGUUCCAAUUUGCUUGGGAACGCUGGAACUGCCCUGAAAAUGCUCUCCAGCUCUCUACUCACAACAGGCUGAGAGGUGCCACCAGGGAGACUUCAUUCAUUCAUGCUAUCAGCUCUGCGGGAGUCAUGCACACCAUCACCAAGAACUGUAGCAUGGGCGACUUUGAAAGCUGUGGCUGUGAUGAGUCAAAAAAUGGAAAAACAGGAGGCCAUGGCUGGAUCUGGGGAGGCUGCAGCGACAAUGUGGAAUUUGGGGAAAGGAUUUCCAAACUCUUUGUGGACAGCCUGGAGAAGGGAAAGGAUGCCAGAGCCCUGAUGAAUCUUCACAACAACAGGGCAGGCAGGCUGGCCGUAAGAGCCACCAUGAAAAGGACCUGCAAAUGCCAUGGCAUCUCAGGGAGCUGCAGCAUCCAGACAUGCUGGAUGCAGUUGGCUGACUUACGGGAGAUAGGAGACUUCCUAAAGGCCAAGUAUGACCAAGCACUGAAAAUUGAGAUGGAUAAGCGGCAGCUAAGAGCUGGGAACAGUGCCGAGGGCCACUGGACACCCAGAGAAGCCUUCCUUCCCAGUGCAGAGGCUGAACUGAUCUUUUUAGAAGAAUCACCAAAUUACUGUAUCCGCAAUUCCAGCCUGGGCAUCUUGGGCACAGAGGGUCGGGAAUGUUUGCAGAACAGCCACAACACAUCCAGGUGGGAUCGACACAGCUGCAGGCGCCUGUGCACUGAGUGUGGCCUGCAGGUGGAAGGGAGGAGAACUGAGGCCAUCAGCAGCUGUAACUGCAAAUUCCAGUGGUGCUGUAUAGUCAAGUGUGACCAGUGUAAGCAUGUGGUGAACAAGUACUAUUGCACCCGCUCCCUGGGCAGUGCUUGGUCCCGAGGCAAGGGCAGCACAUGAUAACACUCCACACAAACUUACUUGUUCAGUUGAAUGACAAUGGAGGGGGACACAGCUUCUCCCUUGGACAGAGUAUAUUGGAAAAUCACAGGGUUGGUCUUGAUAUCUGCAAUACAUGGGAAAAUUGAGGCUCAAGAUUAUACAGCAUACUCUUAACAGAGUAUGAAAUUGGAGCCUGGGCCUCCUAAUUGUACCUUCCCACAAGUUACUUCCUGGUUUUUGUACCUGUACUUUUGGAGGUUAUUUGGUUUGGGAUCCAUAUCCAGAGGGACCUUCAAAGUAAUGUUUCCCUGUAAAUUUCAGAACACGUUCAACCUAGCUGUGCCGCUGAGAAUCAGAGGGAAUGGAAGCAAAAAGUGACAGAGUUCUGUCCAGGCUCCUGAAGGAGCAACCUUCCCCUACUCUGACUAGCUCCAAAAAGACCAGCUACAAGUUUAUGCAGAUGAAUGCAGCAGAGACCACAUACCUGCCUUGUGGGAGGCUUGUAGUUGUGUUUUUCACCUGAGUAUGCACUUUUGAAAAAUUCUUCCCACCCAAUCCUGGGGAACCAGGAUCCAACAUGACCUGAGGACUUUUCCAGCUCAGAAACCACCUUUGGACCAUGGAGAAGUAAUGGUCCCAGUAAGUGGACAGGUGACUACAACUUAU